AUGUCUGGAGAAUCUGAGGAUGACCCCUUGGAAGGAUUACCCGAUUUACCGGACAAUGAAAUCUGUGAUGUGAACAUAGAGGAUAGGCAGUCUGGGAAAACUCAGAAGGAUAUGGAGACCACGGUGUCGGCCGCAGACGUCGAGUCUGCCGGCGACAAGGAAGGCAAUCGUUCAUCUCGCUACGGACAUAUUGCCCCAAAGACACACAUGGGCAAGAUAUCAACCAUAUUCUAUGCCAUUCUCGGAAUACCGCUGAUGCUGCUUUGCUUGUCCAACAUUGGUGAUAUUAUGGCUAGCUCGUUUAGGUUCCUAUACUGGCGAGUUUGCUGCUACGUGUGCACCCGAGAGCCAAAAAGGACGAACUCCAAACGCAGCCGUACAGGUCGUGGCACAAUUCGGCAAGGUCGAAGUUCAAUGCGAUCCGCACCACCAGGUACCAGCAUCCGCCGGUCGGUCAGGAAUUCGCAACGGUCGGCGGACUCCGGUUUCGACCCCUGCUAUGACCCCGGUAUGACUCAUGCCUACUCCGACACUGAUUGCAGGUACAACGAUGGUGAUUACUAUCCCGACGGGGACAGGUCGAUGCAGCGUAACAUGAAUGGUCCCCCGCCUUCACGUUAUAGCGGACACAGCACGGCCGGAAGGGAACAGUACCGCGAUAGAGCCGCCAUCGAGCAGGAGCGUGGCUAUCCGGAACAAGGCAGUGGUUAUGUUGACGAUAGAUACAACACCACACCGCAACAGAUGAAACGGCAAAUGCGAGGCGAAUCGGUAGGAAGGGAACUCAUUCAACCGAGAGGCUUACAGAACUCUAGAAACUCGGACGGUAACUAUCCGGUUGACUAUAGAAAUAAUAUCCAGAAGUCUCCAGGUAAUAACAUCCCUUAAAGCCUUUUUGAUUCUAUACGGAACUGAAAGAAUUUUUUACUAGCAAUGCGAGCACAAUCACUUGAUCGUCGGGCGUUUCGUCGGGAUCCGCAGAUGAUGGAGUUCGACGAAGAGGGCGGGCCAGGAAAACCACCUAUUUUAUGCAACAAAUACGCUUUGGACGACAUGCAGGAGCGCAGCAGCAUGGAACGAAGUCAAGCAGGACCGCGAGUCCGGGGCGGCGGAGACAACCGAGCACCAAUAAACCCACGGAGCCAAUCAAUGCCUCGGCAUUCACGCUACGGUGAUAGAUUGAUGCCGGACCGAUUACCUUAUUACAAUGAGGACAACGAAAUGGAAAUGCAUAAUAUACGAAAGUCUUCAACCGCGACCGGAAGACGCCGUGAAUUUCGUCCUGUACCAUCGCCGUCACCACGCAUAAUGUCACCGAUGGGAUUCGCGAUUCACAGACAGGCGCGUCAUCUGCAGACCGUAAUGGACGACGGUUCGUUGUACGACGAUGACUGGGACAGCGGGGAACUGCCACCGUCCUCCAUCGUCCGGCCAGUGCCAAUCUGGUUGUGCGUUUUUCUGGUUGUCAGCUACAUAAUUGCGGGCGCCUUCAUGUUUUCCAAGUGGGAAGAAUGGUCCUUCCUCGACUCGGCCUAUUUCUGUUUCAUCACGCUAACCACCAUCGGAUUCGGCGAUUUUGUUCCAGCACAGGGAGUGAAAAACGACUCUGAAAUUUCCAUCGCAUUGUGCUCGCUGUAUUUGCUGUUUGGUAUUGCGCUGCUAGCGAUGAGCUUCAAUCUGGUGCAGGAGGAAGUUAUCUCCAACGUGAAAAGCGUCGCCCGAAGGCUUGGCAUACUGAAGGAGGAAGAGAUGGACGAUUGA